AUGGUGAAUCAGACGGAACCCGGGAUCAUAAACAUCCGUCGUGCGGAUGGGACCCUUGUGGAUGGCAACACAGGUGCAGCUAGCACCCUGGCUGAGUACUACUCAACGUUGUUCAUCCCAGAAAAUGUUAAUCGGACAGACGGAAGCGGUCUUCCCGCAAAAGACCCUAUAUCCAGCAGGUUCAUGGAAUUUGUGUCGUUUUCUCUGGCGCAGGUUGGACUAACACUGGUUGGUAUCGCAGUUCAAACUUCACCGCGCCUUGACGAGAUACCACCUAUCGUAUUGUAG